CAGACAGGAUCCGGGCUGAGGCAGCAGCAGCAGCACCUACCACCUCCACCCAUCACCACCAGCAGCAGCAGCAGCGCCGCCGCUAAAGGAGCUCAGUGCUGCUCGAAGCUCGUCUCUCCUCUGCUCUCUUCUCCUCUCCUCCCGGGUUUGAGAUGCUCCGGCUCGGCGGCAGGAUGUGCGGCUUGUCGGCCCUGCUCUCGGUGCUUCUCGCCGGACUCGCAGCGGCUUCCUCGGAUCUGUUUGACAACCAACUGGGCGACAUCAAUUACUGCAAAAAGCAAUGCCAGCUCACCAUCAAAAACAAAAGCCCUGCUAAAGACUCCAUAAUGAACGCCUGUCACCGUGGCUGUCGCCUCUACUCCAUCUGCCAGUUCGUCAAUGGCAACGCCGGCUUCAACACCAGCAGGGAGGAGUGUCAGGGAGCCUGCCAGGAGGCAUACAUCAAGCUGCUGGAGCAGGAGGCCUGCUGCACCGGCUGUGCCAGCCAACCCUCUGAACCUGAGAUCAAGAGGAGGAAGCUCAGGGCCAUGACUCUCCGCCCUAAACCCCCCUCUGUGAUGGAGGCCGUGUCCAGUUGGUGCAACGACAUUGUCAGCUCUGCUCAGAGCUUCAUCUCCUCCACCUGGACCUUCUACCUGCAGGCUGAUGAUGGCAAGGUUGUCGUUUUUCAGAGCCAGCCGGAGAUGGAGUACUCCCUGCCCGAGCUUCAGGCCCCUCGAUCCAACGUGGCAGACAAACCCUGGCCUCAGGUCCACUCUCACACCCAGAGACCCCAUGGUGUGAGGGGGCAUGGCGAGAGGGGAGCAUCCAAAACAGGCGGCAAAGGGAAGCACCCGGUCCAGCACGCGGACGACCCCACGGCUGAGCACGACUUCCUCGGCUGCAUGUCAAGACGUUCGGGCCUUCCGCGGUGGAUCUUGGCGGCCUGUCUCUUCCUGUCAAUCAUGGUCAUGUUGUGGCUCAGCUGUGCCAGCCUUGUCACCGCGCCGGAGCAGCACAUCAAGACGCAGCUGAGCAUCAACGGAGAUAAAGAGUUCCUGGAUAAUGCCCAGAAAGUCAACCCGUACCACCUGAGCCCUGUGAUCGCCGUCACCGUGAAACAAUCAGAGGAGAGUCAGGAGGCCGGGCCGCUGCCGGUGAAAGUUGACCUCAACAAAACCUGUGUUUAGAGGGGAGACCACUGGGAUGAGCUGCUGUCUUGUUUCCCAGGGUAACCAUGUCUGAAAUCCUUGGCCCGAUGGUGAAAGGGGUGAAACAAACACAUCACAGGGACUCAAUCAGUCGCCAGAAAUUUUUUAAAACAUAUUUUUAAGAGCAUGGCACCCUCCUGUUAUUUCAAAUUACCAUACUGAAACAUCCAGCUUGGUCUUGUUGGUUUACUGGCACGUCAUUUACUUGUACAGUCCACAUUUCUCCAAGUCCAUCCUCAGUAUUUCUUUUUCCUCAAUGAUCAGCCUGCUCAUUUCUCAUUGAUAAUCAGUCAGUGCUCUUGUCUCUGGGCCACGCUGGAGAGGGAGAGAGAGAAAGAGAGAGAGGAUGGAUUACAGCUGAGAGCUCUCGUGUCGUAUUUCAUGUCAGGCGUGGACGAGAGAAGACAAACACUGAGAUUCAUUUUAGAUUUAAUUUUGCCUCGUUCUCGCGGGGAGUUUGGAUUAAUUGAUGGGUUGCUGAGAGCGAGAAAAAAAGGCGUAAAAAGAGCAUGACAGAGAGAGAGAGGAGGGGAAGAUGAGUGGAAGGUGGCCUGUGAGCGCUGCAGGAAACAGAUACUGCAGCUCACAGUUUAUGAUCUGUUUACACAAUCAGCAUUAUGAGCUGUUUAGUGAAAGCUGUGUCAUAAAACGGUCCAGAGAUUCAAAAUCAUGUUCUCCCCUCACAGUGGAAAUCAAAUCAAAGACGUGCUACUCACUCAAAAAUCUGAAACAGUGUGUUCUGUCUGUGUGUGUUCGGAUAUGUGCGUGCACACGUGCAUUUGUAGGGAGCAAACCGACAGAUUCAAAACUGGAACUGGAUUGAAAACUGUAAUGAAAACCCUUAUUUAUUUCCUGCUCUAUUUAUUCAGCAUCAUCGACAUGAGUCAAAUAGUGUUACUGAAGUGCCAUGCACCGUUUAUUCAUCAUACAAAUGUAAAAUACGUCUCAACACAGAUCUGAAAGAGACACACAGAGAAGACUGCACCUAUUACUGUAUUAUUAUUAUUAUUAUUAUUAUUAUAAUUCUCAUAUUAUUGCUCUUAUAUUCCUCCAAGAGUUCUUAGCUGUUAUAUGUGCCAUGUGCUUUCUAAUAGCUGACUAUUUUGUAUGUCCUAGGAGCACACACUGAAGGAUAACCUCUGUAACAAUGUGUAAUGCAAAAGCUUUUAACAUAGACCCUUGUUAUCGAGCAGAGUUGCACAGUCGUAGAGAAGAUUUUUUCCGUUUUCCUCUCAGUGCUUUCGAUGUGCCGUAAUGCUCUCUUUUCAUCCAGGCUAUGUAGACAAUAAACCGUGCAUGCAAGUGACGCUUCGAUAGUUUAUCCUAACCGCCCGACAUGCCAGCCAUUUGGCAAGCCUCCGCUGUAGACUUGUGAUUUUUUGUGUUGACUAUUUACUGUAAAACCUUGAAUAGAAUGUGUAACGAUGAAUGACGAGCGUCCUCACGAUUUACACGAAGGACUCUCAAUUAAAAAGCCAUUCAAUCAAUAUCUGUGCUGGUUCAAGCUGACGGUGUAUCAUAAGGAAUAUGAUAUGACUUUAAAACCGUAUUGUUUCCUUUUUACUGGUCUGUUUAUUUUCAAUGAAAUGAUACUUACAACAUGAUGAAAUAAAGUGUUUUCAUUGUAAAUAAA